AUGGUGGCAAUCGGUAACUACAGUGCACGUACACUUGCAUCCGACUCCUCAAUAGAAGACUUGCUCAUGCAAGCAAGAAGGAUUAGGUACGACAUCAUCAGCCUGGCCGAGACAAGACUACCCCACCCAUUCAAUGCCGUCUAUGACACCGAAGAAGAAGUGUUCAUCGGAACACACGACAGUAGAGGAGUCGGCGGUGUUGGCGUUCCCGUCAACACAAGUUUAUCCAUGAACAUUGAUUGA